GCGAGGCUAUCAGGGUUGUGUGCCAACUGUAGAGUUCCCCUUCCCUCCUCUCAAUCUAGAAUUCGGAUUCCUCUUCUGCUGAAACGGAUUGGAAGAGAGCUAGCUAUAGUCAGAACCACGGACAGCUCCACAAUUUUGCUGUUGGUCUUGCUUAGGCUUUCCCUUCUCAGCAAGGAAAAAUUUCCCCUAGAAGUUGAGGUUUCCCCCAGGGAAGGAAAGGGAAAAUGCUGUAGAGUGAAUUGAAAACGGUGCGAGGUCCUCCUGGGUCCUUCGGUUCAAGCCUGGAUUGCCUACGUCCAGGUCCAUCUGGAACUGAUGUUAUCCAUAACGACUCUAAGUACCAUCCUCGGCGCUUGCCCCUAGGGGUAGCAGGCGGUAUUCCAUUCUGGGGGUCUUGUCCCUGGGGGGAGUCCAGCUCCUCACCCUGCCGGUCUUAGAGCUGCGGUCCUGUCAGUUCAUCUACAAUCAGUGCAUGUCCUUCGCUGACGUCAAUCGGAGCUGCCCCGUCCCUAUAUAAAUCUGGCAGCAGCCCCGGGACACUCCCCGCGUUCCCCAGGCACUGGCAACCGGCCCCGUGCUCCCAGAUUCCGGUUCGGUUGGGACAGUGACCGAAGCUCUGCUACCCCCCCCGCGGCAACACCCUCGGAGAAACCCGGACCCGCAGCGGCGACACCAACACCAUGAGGCGGCCAGGACGUACGGCUCUGUUGGCGGCACUGCUGCUUCUCUUAGUCCAGCUGCGCCCGGGAAGUGGCGGCCCGGGGACUCUGGAGGCGGUGUCCCCCAGCGACAAGGGUCUAGACCGGAGUUUGCGGUGGAGUCCCAGGAACCAGGCCGGGGGAGCCCGUGCCCUCCUCCUACUCCUGACCGAACGUUUCCCACGUUUGGCCGCUGGGACGGGCACCCUGUCUGCGCCCCUGGGCUAUCGGCCCAAGCCCAAACGGGACGAACCUUCUCUCUCGAUCGACCUGACCUUCCACCUGCUGCGGACCCUGCUGGAGCUGGCACGGACGCAGAGCCAGAGGGAGCGCGCUGAGCAGAACCGGCUCAUCUUCGACUCGGUGGGCAAGUGAGCCCGGGCUAGCCAGCUCCGUUCCGCCGUCUGGGACUCAAGAGGCGGCUUCGGGGGCCAGUACUGGAAGCCCCCGGAACUGUACGGGGCGCGGCCAGGUUCGGCUUCCUACU